CUUGCGCCUGCGACCAAUCAAUUGAUCAGUUCGUCCGAAAGCAGUCAGUCCAUUGGAAUAACGCGUCAAGAUCUCCUCCUAUUCUCCGUUCAAAAACUUCCCCACAAGACACAAGCAGCCUUAGCCUUACACAAGGGCCUUGCUGGGUUCCGCGCGAAACGCGACGCCUGAACUUGCGCGACGCCGACACUUAAACACUCCCCCUCACUUUCUUGACCUCAAUCCACCAACAAACGAGUCGUUGUCGGAGCGACUCGACUUGCGCCCUACGACAUGGCUAUGAAUCCCCACGAUGCGACGCAAGCCCAGGCCCAAGGGCAAGCGCAAGACGGAAGGCCACAAGUCAACUAUGAUCUAAGCAAAGGCGGCCACUAUGGCGCCAGUUCUCAGCUGGCGCAACAAGGCUAUGCUCCACCCGAGCACUAUACAGGACCUUGGGCCAAUGUGCAUCAAGGUCUCAAGGGCCCGUACAAGAACAUUCUAACCACCUACUGGCAACACACAAUUGACCACCUCGAAAAUGACACCCAUGACUACAAGCUCCACCAGCUCCCACUCGCCAGGAUCAAGAAGGUCAUGAAGGCGGAUCCGGAGGUGAAGAUGAUCUCAGCUGAGGCGCCCAUACUUUUUGCCAAGGGCUGCGACAUCUUUAUCACGGAGUUGACGAUGCGCGCUUGGAUCCACGCCGAAGAGAAUAAGCGCCGCACUCUGCAACGUUCUGACAUCGCAUCGGCCCUCUCAAUGUCGGACAUGUUCGACUUUCUGAUCGACAUCGUCCCUCGCGAGGAGGCCGCAGGUCACGCCAAGCGGGCGGCGGGUCAGGCAGGUGCCGCCAACGCUGCCGCCGCCGGCCAGCCCCAGAUGGGGGGCAUUCCCGCGCAAAACCACACGCAGCACAUGGGCGCCGAGUACGGCCUCCCUGGUCAUCCCAUGGGUGGAGAGGCCGACUACCGCCAAGCCCAGAACAUGUACCCGGGCCAGGUCCCGCAAGGCGCCCCGAACGCGUACGGCCAGCCACAGCAACCCAUGUACGAGGUGGACCCGAACAUGUAUUCGAGCUAUACGAUGCAGCCUCCCCAAGUAAGUACUGUCCAUCGAAUGCCUAACGAAAACGCAUUUGAGUGCAAUCGUCCCUGA